GGGAAGGAGCGUUCGCGAGUCAACGUCGGAAGCAACAACCGGCAACCGCUGUCACAGGCCAUAAUCUAGCUUGGGCAGAGGCUGGUCUAGUUCAGCGCUGUCUCUCAGAUUGAGCGCUCGCGGAUAGCGCUAUGAAACAAUAACGCGACACUUGGCGGAGGGAAGUCCGCACGUCCCGAUAGCCCAGGACUGGAUGACGCGGCGUCGACGAGCCACCGGAGGUCUCAGGCAUCGCCUUCCUUUGAGUCCGAGCCUCACAACCUACAAACCCCUCAACCGCCUCAUGCUUCUCUUCUUUCCGGACAAACAUACUCUUUAUGAUGUCGCCCAGUAAGCUGGGUUUUCUCGCAAGUCUGGCGCUGGCCGCCAAUGCAGUGCUCAUCCCGCCGUCGAUGACGGCAGCCGAGCUCGGGGACGACAACGCUAUGGAAACUGCUGCCAUCAACUCCUUCAAGCGAACUGUUGCUGUGGAUUGCCCCGGAUGUGCGGUAGCCACUCUCGAGGACAAGUCCUUCAGCUGGGAAAAGGACGCGGGCAACACAUUUCUUCUUGACUUUGAAGUUGGUCCUCGUGAAGAGUCUCUCGAGAUAGAUGGUGUUCAACUAUACCCGCCCACAUUUUCUAUCGCUUCGCAGCCAUUCUAUGUCACACAGGUCGAUCCCAAGGCUGAGAAUGACCUGCGCCUUCGCGUUACUGGAUACACCUUCCACUUCAACACAGCUGAGACUGUGUCCGAGGCGGGGGUCGAGCUGCUCCCCAUGACGUUCCAAAUCACAUCGAUUGAAUCAACUCCUAUGAACCCACCAUCCAUCACGAUCAACCUUCUCAAGGACUCGAGCGGCCGACUCAUGAUCGCCUCGUUCGAAGCUAAGAAGAGCAUCGAGGCGACUCCAGCCGAGCAGCAGAAGGAAUGUGAGCACAUGCCGCUCAUCUGCAAGUGGAAGGGCAUUAUGGCCGACCGCAUCGAGAACCUGAAGCACAUGGGCAAGGGUCGACCGGGCUGUCACAACCGCCCUCACGGCAUGUCGCGCCCCCACGGGCACCACAACCCUAUGGCCGGGGAGGGUAAAUCGCCCCACAGGUUCCGCCCCGAUGGCCACCACCACCGCCCGCACAUGCAGCACAAUGGCCACCACCAUCACGACCACCACCACCGCAUGCACCGAUUCCUCCGCCGCGCUUUCUUCACCAUCCUCGUCCCCAUCUUCAUCGGUAUCUUCGCUGGCACACUCACCUACCUCGUCGGUAUGGCGCUCGGCUGCCUCAUCGCUAUCGUGGUCGCCAAGUUCCGCGGUCAGAGCUACCAGCCGAUCGCGUUGGAGGAGGAUGUUGAGGAGGCUGCUGCAGAGGAGAGCUGCGAGAAGCAGGAGUACGCUGAGCUGCCUGCGUACGAGGCUCCGCCGGUGUACCAGGAUGCGCCCAAGGAGGUCGAUGAGUCGAAGUAAAGUAAGACCGCGUGUGCUUUCCUGUAGUCACGUGAGUGGCCCGGGAACAGACUCGAGACUCGAUGAGACACUUCUGCCAGUCUGACGGUCUGAUACGAUGGUUCUUUGUAGGCCUUAUAGUUGAUGGUAUUAUGAAUUUCAUUUGUAUCUCACAAGAGUAUUCCACGUGUUUAGUCUAGAGAAUCUUUGCAGCUCGAACAUCGGGCGCCCUGUCACCGAGCACCA